AAUUGUCUACAUUUUUUAAAUGCAAUGUACUCAAUAAAUCUUGUAAGUAAGUUUGUACAUGGCAAUUAUUAUGUUAGUGUGUAUAAUCAAUGGUAACAUUUGAAGACAUUAGGGCAUUAUACAUGAAAUUAAAUGUUUAGAAUAUUUUGACGAAACAUUUAUUUGGUUGAUACACCGAUACACGCUCUGCUCUGCUCUGUAUAAUAUGCCAUUACUGAGACACACUAUUUUGGAGGGGAUCGCUUUGACUUUUAACCAGUUCCUAACCUAAAAAAUAAGAGUAUAAAAAUAAACCAUAAACAUGUUUAUAUUAGUGGAAAUGAAAAAUGUUACUCGCAUCACACCCGAUUUAUUUAAUAUUAAGCUAAAUGACGCAAUUGCCUCAGAAUUAAAUAAGAAAUUGGCCAAUAAGGUGGUUUUAAACGUUGGAUUGUGUAUCGCAUUGUACGAUAUAACGAGUUUACAAGAAUCAUUUAUAUUUCCGGGAGACGGCUCGUCUCAUACGAGAGUGUCGUUUCGAUACAUCGUUUUCCGCCCAUUCGCAGAAGAAAUCCUUUUAGGCAAAAUUAGGUCUUCCAGUGCGGAAGGUGUACACGUUUCACUAGGUUUCUUCGACGAUAUUAUUAUUCCACCGACUUAUUUGCAACAUCCGUCGCGGUUCGACGAAACGGAACAAGCUUGGGUGUGGGAGUACGACACGGGAGAUGGUAGUAAGCAUGAUCUCUUCAUGGAUACAGGGGAACCGAUCAGGUUUAAAGUAACCGCGGAGGCGUUUCAGGAAACUUGUCCGUCCACUACUUUCGUGCCGACCGCACCCGAUGCGAUCGAGAAAUCCGAAAAUAAAACACCGUACAUAAUUACGGGAAGUAUUAACGAACCCGGUUUGGGAUUGUUAACGUGGUGGGAUAAUUAGAAUUAAUUUUUUAAGUUUUAUAUUUGUAAAUAAAUAUAUCUACAAAA